CUCUGCUGUGUCUCUCUGCCGCUCAUCAUGUCUCGAUUGCACAACCUCCUUCGCAAGAAAAAGAAGCCGGACAAGUGCGGCUUCUGCCACGCUGUUAUCGCGAAAGACGAGACCCACUCCGGCGUAUUCUACACAGUACCUGAGGAGGAGGGCGGCACAAUUCACCAGGAGUGUUGGGAGAAAUACCACGAGAAAUGUUCCGUCAAGUGCCUACACUGCGAAGGGCCCGUGGCGCAUCUUCCCGGGCGCUUCAACGGCAAGUUCUACGCUAGCAUUGAUCCUCCGGGGAAGAUUCACAGCGAGUGCUGGGAGGCCUACAAGGGCUCGAAACCAGCAGCGGAAAAGUGCGGAGAGUGCGGCGAGCCGCUGUCCUUCGUGGAGGGCAAGUUUAGCGGCAGCUACGUUACGCUUGGGGAUGGAAUAAAAGUGCACGUCGAGUGCCGGUCGGCGUACCACCAGAAACACACGGAAAAAUGCCUGCAGUGUAACGAGCCGGUAGCACCCGAGGCGGGUAGAUUUUGCGGAGAGUUCUUCGAGGUGGAAGGCAACCGGAGAGUCCACUCCGAGUGCAUGGAUGCCUACGAGGAAACGACUGCAGAAAGGUGCCUGGUCUGCAAGAAGGCGGUGCGACGAAUGGAAGGCUUCAGCGGGGACUUCAUGAUGAUCGACGGUGGCAAAGUGCACAAGGAGUGCGCGUCGGAGUACCAAGAGAUGGUGGCCGACAAAUGCUUGCAUUGCCAAAAGGGAGUACGGAAGGCUGGCGAGUUCAGCGGUUCUUUCUACCCCGUCGAUCGCAAGCUGGGGGACGCCGAAGCGGAAGACAACGAAUCGAAAGUGCACAUGGAAUGUUUUGAGGCUUACCAGGCGAAGCUAGCCGAAGAGGGCAAAGGAAGCUAAAGAAGCCUUUGGUCGUGGACCGGAAGCUGGUGCAGCGACCGACCCAGGGACCGAAACGGUACCUGAAGCACGCGUAGCGGACCCGGUGCAGUGACCGGUGACGAUGCAUCAGUAGCGUAGAUAGUACUCCGGAGAAUUUGAUUUGUGUAACGCCGCUGUUUUCUGGUGCCUCAGCCUUGGACAGCAGUAUCCCUGGGUCUUGAAGUCAAGGCGUAUGCGUACGUAUCUCUUUUGGUAAGAGAGUUGUUCGUGGACAAAGCAAGGACUACACUAGGGAGGUGCCAACACCACGAACAAUGCCUUUCAGGGUCAGUGGCAGGAGUCUACUGUACCACGGCUAACAGAACGGCCAGCCAAAUUUGCCAAUGGUAAGAUUGGCAGAUCUACUGGUUUGGGCGAACAGGGCGGCAAAAGUAACUCUGCGUGACCCCCCUGAUCAAGUAAAAUAGAGUAGAAUUUAGUAUAGUACCCCCCUGCCGCGUGCCUCCAGAUUAGCCCCUAAUCCAGUUUGGGGCUGUGCGGUGCUGGAUUUUCUCCCGUGUGCCCCCUUGUCGUUUUGUAGUAUAGGAUUGAGGUUAUGAGGUGAUUUGGACGAAGUGUUGCUGACUUGUCAUGAUUCAAAGUUCUAAAUGGCCAUUGCGGCAUUAUGAUGAAUAUUGAUGCUAACACUGGUUCCGAAGGCCGUCGAUUUUCACGAAGCGUCGCAGAAGUCUGGCCAGGGCUCCGUGAAUGAAGACAAAUGGCUAGGAGGUAGCCCAGUUCGGGUUGUUCCGCGCGCUAGUUGCGCCGCCGCCAACGACUUGCGUUUCGAAACAGCAGUUUGUGGCGAUUUCUACUACUGUAGGUGACCUUUGAAGACCCAAGGCGUGCGAUGCGAUGUUGAUCCGCGUUCUAGGCAUGGACACGGAGUUUCUUGAUUGUCCGUCUGCGGUGUGGCGACGUGUCGGAUGGUCUAGUCACCUCUAAUGUUGAUGCCCGCUAAGGAACGUGAACGACAGGCCUAGCAAAUCGAUCAGGACGGCGCGGAAACUUGGAGUAGAAAGCAAGAUGACGAUGUAACCAUCGCUUGCAGGUGUAGGUUAUAACAGCCCGGGGGUAGCCCCGGUCUCAUCUGAAGCCCUCUCGCUUGUUCCCCAGGGAGGGUAUGUAUGUGUGGGGUCGAGGAUGAUGUAGUUGGGGGCGGUGAUGAAGAUGAUGGAUAAGUCCAUCCAUGGAUUUGAAACGAAAGAAGCGAAGAAGGAGGAAGGAAAGAAACAUAAUUUCUCCCCGUUUUCGACUUGAAACCACCGAGGUUACAACUGGGG